UCCUCCUCUGAAACACAAAAAGAUAGAGUUAGGGUUUUUAGGUUUUCCUUUCGUCUCCAACCAGUAGAGAGAGAAUACUUAUACAGGGGCUAAGGAGACAGCAUCAUCUUGCUGUCCACCUCGACGAAGUUUCAUAACUGAGUCUUGGACCUCCUAACUCGAUAUACCUAGUUCAAUUUUAGGGUUUUUUCACUCAAGUUUUGUUAGAAAUGGCACCAAAACCAUCUAAGGCUGAUAAGAAGAUUGUUUACGACAAGAAACUUUGCCAACUUCUCGAUGAUUACACUCAGAUUUUGGUAACUGCUGCUGAUAAUGUAGGAUCCAAACAGUUGCAGGGUAUCCGUAAAGGUCUACGUGGUGAUUCUGUUGUAUUGAUGGGAAAGAACACUAUGAUGAAACGUUCUGUUAGACUUCAUGCUGAGAAGACUGGAAACCAGGCUUUCCUUAACCUCAUUCCUCUCCUUGUUGGAAAUGUUGGAUUGAUCUUCACCAAAGGAGAUUUGAAGGAAGUCAGUGAGGAAGUUGCUAAGUACAAGGUUGGAGCUCCUGCUCGUGUUGGGCUUGUUGCCCCAAUUGAUGUUGUAGUUCCACCUGGAAACACUGGGUUGGAUCCAUCCCAGACAUCCUUCUUUCAGGUUCUUAACAUCCCAACCAAGAUUAACAAGGGUACAGUCGAAAUCAUCACCCCUGUUGAACUUAUCAAGAAGGGAGAAAAGGUCGGAUCUUCUGAGGCUGCUUUGCUUGCUAAGUUGGGUAUCAGGCCAUUUUCAUAUGGUCUUGUUGUCCUUACUGUCUACGACAAUGGUUCAGUUUUCAGUCCUGAGGUGCUUGAUCUUACUGAUGAAGACCUGAUGGGGAAGUUUGCUGCUGGUGUUUCCAUGGUUACUUCCUUGUCUCUGGCUAUUGCAUACCCCACUCUUGCUGCUGCUCCUCACAUUUUCAUCAAUGCAUACAAGAACCUUUUGGCUGUUGCUCUUGCCACAGAGUACUCAUUCCCUCAGGCUGAGCAAGUGAAGGAAUAUUUGAAGGACCCAAGCAAGUUUGCUGCUGCCGCCCCAGCUGCUGCAUCUGGUUCUGCUGCCGCCCCAGCUGCUGCUGCUGCCCAAGAGGAAGAGAAGAAGGAUGAACCUGCUGAAGAGUCCGAUGAUGACAUGGGUUUCAGCUUGUUUGAUUAGGUCUUUCCAUAUGUUUGGUGAACAAUCUCUUGUCUGCUAUUUUCCUGUUGAGUGUUUGCUGUCUAAAAGAUUCUUAGUUUUGUUUACUGGAUCAUAUAAGUUUUGUUGAAUCUAAAUGCCUGUGAGAUUGGUAGAUUUAAGUUUAAUGGCUGUUAUUCAAGCUGCAAAUACAUCCAGUCAUUUGGGGCUGUCAUUUCUCGGC